AAUUUGAUGUUGGUCGCUAUAUAUUAUUUCGAUCGAAGUGGCAUAGUUGAAGCAGAUUAUAUUGCGUAUUUUGAACGCGCGCGCAACAGCCAGAUUUGUCAGUAACAAUUCUGUGCCAAUUCUGACUAACCUAAUAGUUUUUUAGGGGCUAAGCCAACCUUACUUACAUUUUUUAUGACUUACAAAAAGCUGAGGUUGCCGGGAGAGCUCAGUUAAAAGUAACAGGCGCCGCAAGUUCCUAAGAUGCAUGUUGCAGACGUAGGCAAAACUCGAAACAAUGGUCUCCGUGAGAGAAAAUAUUAUGACGAGAGAUUGAUGAUUUUCGUAUAUCUAACGCGAUUUAUAUUUAUUAAAGGAGAGACGCACAAAACACUACCAUUAUCAGAACAUUGGCGAUCUUUUGUAUGAUGUGAUUACAAAUGCCACGCUCGACUCUAUGCUCCAGCACGAAAACCUGACUACACUUUAAUGAUCUUCGCACGCAUAGUGGACAUGGAUGUUAUUUCAAUAGUCCGACUUCGAGUGACUGUACAUGAAAUCUGAAAUACUCGUCAAACUAAUACUAAUAGAACACCCACGUGAACUUACCACGUGAAGUGUCAUUAUACCUCCCUCAGCUAUAAUGUAAUUUCAAACGGGAAUGUGAGAAUAUCCUAUUUCCAACACAAAAUGCCGUUCGUUGAUCGGAAUUAAACACAAGACCCCGCAUAACUUUUCAUUUAUUAAAAAUAAUCACAUUAGGCUAGACAUAAUAUAUUGAGGUAGUUUUCGGUUAUGCAGCACGAUCAUUUAAUUAUGAUGAGGCGGUGUAUGUAUUGAAAAUUCAUUUAUGAAUAUACAGCAAAAUUAAAAAAAAACUUUACAACUGUACACAUGCCUGGAGUACCUGAAACAGCUUGGGGCGUUUGGGGCGAGCCCGAACCCAUAAAGGCAUGGGAAUAUGGCGCCCCAAAGGUAAGUAACUUGUACUAUCAAUUGACAUUGAUGGCUUAUUUACUUCAAAAAAUGCGUUACUUGUAACAACAUAUUCGAAUUAUGAAUUGGCGUUUCUUGUAAUUAAAAAAAAUAUUUCGGAUGGGAUUUGUCCAUUGUUUAUUCUACGACAUUCAGUAUCGAAGAUUAUUUCGUUUUGCGUGGUUUAAAAUUUGGAACAAAUCCCACCAGUUUUAUCUCUUUUUUUGUGGUUUUAUUUUUUCAACUCGUAUCGCUGAGAUUAUUCAGUUUGUUAAAACAUGAUUGACAUUUAAGUCUGUGACGUCACAAUGGGUGAACAAUAUCACAAAUUUCAAUUUCAGCUCCACGGAGAAACUGGAGGAAACGUACAGCCUCAGUUUUCAGAUACCCUCAAGUGGUUUUACAAACGUACAGUAAACCCGAAGGAUAAAGAGCAUUGUCUUCGACUUUUGGCUCAAAUCGAACUGAAGGGAGAAGAGGUCAAUAAAGCCAAAGCGAGCUUUCAGCCAACCUGCGGAUCUGCAACAGGCGGUGAGCGGGUGACUUCAAAAAGACCAUCAUCUGCAAAAGUGCCAGCAAAUAGAGUAGGCUUUGCGACCCACGUUGGCCGACCCAAGUCAGCAUUUCAAGAAAAGAAAUCACUUAGGGAAUUUUCUAAAACUGAUGAGGAACCAAAUUUAAAAAACGACCUAAAGGAAAAAUCAAGUUAUCAGAAACAAAAGGAAUCGAUCCAUAGAUUAUCACGACCAAAGACAACAAAUUUAGCAAAUAAUCAGCAACAUAGUGACCAUAGACCAAAAUCUGCCAUGGCAGCUAUCGGUGGAAAAAGAUAUGACCAUCCAUAUUUGACCACACACGAGAGAGAAUUCCCCGGAUAUUCCAGUGGCCUGUGCGCCGAGGCCAAACGUCCUAUGUCCAGCAAGGGAUUCACAGCACCAUAUGAGUUAUCUGGUCCAAUUGGUGGCACAACUUGCACCCAAGAAUUUGGAUGGAAAAAAGCCACGAAAAAUGAACCUAUACGUUCUGGGACUUCCUCUGGCAAUAGACGAAACAAUCCGCAUCCCCACGAGUCAUUUAUGGUAUGGAAACUGCCGAACAAGCAAUCUGCCAAAGGAAUGAUAACCGCUACGGCACCACAUUUGCAAUACCGAGAGCUGACUAAUAAAGUUUUAGAUCAGAUUUUGAGAGACCAGCACAAAUCAACAUAUCAAUGCGACUACUUAGGAAUUCCACAAGGAUACCACGUCAAAACUGCCAUAGAUGCCCCAGCAGACUGGAGAGCAAAGGUACGGCGUCCUCUGGACACGACCGUACGAUACUCUUACAUGCGCCCGCAGCAGCAUGUUGAACUUGUUGGAAACACAACAAGAUACGGAUGCAACAAGAAAAAGGGAGUGGCUGCAUUGGGAGCAGUUCCAACUGUAACAUCAAAUCAUGUCAAAAACCAAGAAGUGAUUAAGGGAAAGACGACCUAUGACACAGAAUUUCGCAACAGAUACAGUCAACCUGAUCUAGAAAAACUUCUCAAUAAUCAGACUAACAAGAAAGUAAUGGAUCAGUUUCUACGUUACGCAAGGACCGAUGCUGCGAAAACAACCAUGACUCGCGGAAGUAGACCGGGAAGUACAAGUUCACAAACUGGACCAAAGUGGCUCCCCAAGUGGGAAGGACCUCACCAUCAUGAACACCAGUGAUUUCUAUAUUUAUUUUCAUCAAUAAAUGUAACGAAUUAAA